AUGAAACGCAUGAUAUCAAAUCCCUACACCGAUAUGGUAUUGGCUGCCCAGGUGCCACCAUUAAUGUCAGAAUAUUCCGAGGCGUACAGUGAUAAUUCCGAGCAGGGUAAUACACCACAAUGCGAUAACUCGGCGAGACCGAUUAUUACCCGCGGCAAUCCACGAGAAAAACCUACAAAUAUUGCCCAGCAAGCAGCCGAAGAAGCCAAGGCUGCCACCGAUGCUCAGGUGUCUGCCGGUCAGGCAGCUGCACGACAAGUCAAAAUGCAAUUGGCCGAAAAAGCCAACCAAGCAGCGAGGGCUGCUGAGGCAGCACUGGCUGGGAAACAACAAAUUAUGGAACAACUACAGCAGGAGGUGAGGGAAGCUGAAGCCGUUGUCCAAGAGCAAAGCAUUUCCCUGCAUAAUUCACAACAAAAUUUACAAGCUGCCGCAAAGGCCGCGGAACAGUCGCAGGCCCAGUUAAAAAUUUUAAGUCAAGCUCUUGAAAUGGCCAAGUCUAGUCUUGGGAAUUCUGAACAAGCGGCAAAUGGAGCUCAAGCGGAAUAUGCUGAGAAGCAACAAUUAUUGGAGGCUGCCAAAAAUCGUGUCGAACAAUUACUACGUCAGCUGAGUAGUGCUCGGGCGGAGUUCACAUCGACCAAACAGGCAGCCUAUAAAGCUGCCUGUGCCGCCCAUGAUGCCAAAAUUAAUGCUCAGCGGGAUCGACGUCAUCAGUUGCAAAGACGUUCUCAAAAACCUAAGCGUAGGCAUUCGGAUGAUCAUCACAAGCUUUAA